UGAUGGGAUCCAUAGGAGAGGGGCAAGAGGGAGAGAUCGAAUUGGGUUGUUAGGGUUUGGUUAGGGUUAUUAGAGGAUGUUGACGGCGAAGAAGCCGGCGUCUCCGGCGAAGAAGCCGGCGUCUGCGUUACCCAAUGACGAUUCUUACGGGGAUGGUCUCCACAAGAUGACCGACCAAGAGCAGGCCAUAUACGCGGCAGCUGUUCGUCGCAGCGAUGGAUUUGAUGUUCCUCCGUUACCCAAUGUUUUCGCUAUCGGUAUCAUCCAACCGGUUGACAGCGAUUGGCCCGCUGAGGAUAUUCGUGAAAUCGCCGACUUCGCCAUGGAGGACCAAAACGAGAAGAGAAGGAAAGAGGGUGGCAAUGAACUCCGGCUUAAGGAUGUCAUCAAGUGUAAUGUGAGGGCUGCUUGUCCCCUCGACUAUUACAUAACUUUAAAGGCCGAAGAUGUCGUCACCCUCGAGGUCGAUGAAUAUGAAGCCUUGGUGAUGACUCGUUGCGGAAACCAGAAAGACGAGGUUCAUAUCUUUAGGAAGAAAAACAAACCGACUAUUAAUCCACCAGCGUCCACAGAGCUUGAACCAAGUAAUUCAGAUUGUGCAGUUGAGGACCCAGACAAAAUUUGUGACUCCAGAAGUUGGGACCGAGGGGAGACAAGAAGGAGGAGACAGCGAAGGAGGAGAAGGAGAUCCUGAGUUAUGGUUUCUUUUAGUAGGUUCAUGUUGGUAUCUUAUUUUGGCUUAUUGGACAGUUUGGUUAUAUUGUAUCUGUGGCAUGUUAUCUUUUAAAUGAAGGCUUGUGGUGAAUUCAGGACCUUCUCCUGUUGAUUUUAUGCUAGAACUCUUUUGUAUUGUCGGACUAUUUAAGAAAGAUAAUCGUGUCUAGUUAUGUUGAAUGCUGAAGGGAUGUAAAACCUAUGUUUUUUUUCCAA